AUGCAGCAGUGGAAAACGAGGCCGGAUCCAAACCCAGUAAAAGGUUCUGCUUUCUGCUCCGCUUCACCAUACAGAACCAGCCAUGCAGAACCAGCCAUGCAGAACCAGCCAUGCAGAAGCAGCCAUGCAGAACCAGCCAUGCAGAACCAACCAUGCAGAACCAGCCAUGCAGAACCAACCAUGCAGAACCAGCCAUGCAGAACCAGCCAUGCAGAACCAGCCAUGCAGAACCAGCCAUGCAGAACCAACCAUGCAGAACCAGCCAUGCAGAACCAGCCAUGCAGAACCAGCCAUGCAGAACCAGCCAUGCAGAACCAGCCAUGCAGAAGCAGCCAUGCAGAAGCAGCCAUGCAGAACCAACCAUGCAGAACCAACCAUGCAGAACCAGCCAUGCAGAACCAGCCAUGCAGAACCAACCAUGCAGAACCAGCCAUGCAGAACCAGCCAUGCAGAACCAGCCAUGCAGAACCAGCCAUGCAGAACCAACCAUGCAGAACCAACCAUGCAGAACCAGCCAUGCAGAACCAGCCAUGCAGAACCAGCCAUGCAGAACCAGCCAUGCAGAAGCAGCCAUGCAGAAGCAGCCAUGCAGAACCAACCAUGCAGAACCAGCCAUGCAGAACCAACCAUGCAGAACCAGCCAUGCAGAACCAGCCAUGCAGAACCAACCAUGCAGAACCAGCCAUGCAGAACCAACCAUGCAGAACCAGCCAUGCAGAACCAGCCAUGCAGAACCAGCCAUGCAGAAGCAGCCAUGCAGAAGCAGCCAUGCAGAAGCAGCCAUGCAGAACCAACCAUGCAGAACCAGCCAUGCAGAACCAACCAUGCAGAACCAGCCAUGCAGAACCAGCCAUGCAGAACCAACCAUGCAGAACCAGCCAUGCAGAAGCAGCCAUGCAGAACCAGCCAUGCAGAAGCAGCCAUGCAGAACCAACCAUGCAGAACCAGCCAUGCAGAACCAGCCAUGCAGAACCAACCAUGCAGAACCAGCCAUGCAGAAGCAGCCAUGCAGAACCAACCAUGCAGAACCAGCCAUGCAGAAGCAGCCAUGCAGAACCAGCCAUGCAGAACCAGCCAUGCAGAACCAGCCAUGCAGAACCAGCCAUGCAGAACCAACCAUGCAGAACCAGCCAUGCAGAACCAACCAUGCAGAACCAGCCAUGCAGAACCAGCCAUGCAGAACCAACCAUGCAGAACCAGCCAUGCAGAACCAACCAUGCAGAACCAGCCAUGCAGAACCAGCCAUGCAGAACCAGCCAUGCAGAACCAGCCAUGCAGAACCAGCCAUGCAGAACCAGCCAUGCAGAAAAUCUGCUGGAAAAUGUCCAAAUUUCAAAAAUUUAG